GUGAUUUGUAGUAGCCAAAUAACCGUCCAGCUGGUCUGGCAUGUGAGAAGAGGCUGGAGUAGCUGGGCAUAUCCGUGUUCAUGGAGAGAGCAUACAGAUUCUCCCACUAUAGGAAACCAAACAGUCCUUCCGGGUGCACUUCUUUCAACGCAGUGUAAUCUAUUUGUUAUUCAUAACAUCGUCUCUUCUACACUUUGUAGUACACCUCCAUCCUGUCUAGAAGAGUGACCCCCUAACUUCAGAUUGCCCAUUCCUGUCAUUAGGUUAUAUUAGCUCUUCAAGCUCUUGGAUUUUGACUUCCUACACUGUUCCAAUGAAGUUCAACAUAAGCACCUAAUCUUCUGCGUUUCAGGUAUCUCUUACAUGAACAUACUCACCAGUAACAAGGAGAAUGGGGUGGUUUGCAAUGGAAUUGCCCUUAUUUGGGAUUCAUUCCAGAGGAUGUCAUUUGUUAAAGAGUCUUCCAUUCUGGAGGAUCAAGGCUGCACAUAAUGUCAGAAGAAAUGUAAAAAGUACUUUCUUCAGGAAGUAUAGCACUGCCCCAGGGAACAUUAAGUCAUUGCGCACUAUUAUUAAUCCUGAGAUCUCUAAAAUAAGGAAUAUUGGGAUCAUGGCACAUAUCGAUGCAGGAAAAACAACAACCACAGAGAGGAUACUUUAUUAUGCAGGAUACACCAGGACACUUGGAGAUGUUGAUGAUGGGGACACAGUUACUGAUUACAUGACACAGGAGCGUGAGCGUGGGAUUACCAUUCAAUCAGCUGCAGUCACCUUUGACUGGAAAACCCAUCGAAUCAAUUUGAUAGAUACACCAGGUCAUGUGGAUUUUACAAUUGAAGUUGAGCGUUCUUUACGUGUUCUUGAUGGAGCAGUAGCAGUAUUUGAUGCUUCAGCUGGUGUAGAGGCACAAACCCUGACAGUAUGGCGACAGGCAGACAAACAUCAUGUUCCUCGUAUAUGUUUCUUAAACAAGAUGGAUAAACCCAGAGCCAGUUUUUCCUACUCCAUUGAAAGCAUUAAAGAGAAGCUGAAAGUUAAACCUCUUUUGCUACAGCUGCCCAUUGGAACUGGAAAGACAUUUAAGGGGGUAGUUGAUGUAGUCACAAGUGAAAAGGUUCUUUGGUGCCCAGACUCCAUUGACGAUGAUGAUGGCACCGUCUUCAGCCGAGAUCCUUUGACUCCAACGGAUGGCCAUGAACUAUUAAAGGAAGCUAGAGAUGCAAGAUAUAGCCUCAUUGAACAAGUAGCAGAUUUGGAUGAUGAAUUUGCUGAAUUGGUUUUGGAAACUCUAAGUGAGAACAUGGAUGCUGUUUCAGCUGAAAAUUUAAAUGCAGCCAUCCGCAGAGUCACAUUAGCACAAGCAGCAGUACCAGUUUUGUGUGGAAGUGCACUGAAAAAUAAGGGUGUUCAGCUGUUAAUGGAUGCCAUCAUAAUGUAUCUGCCAGCCCCAAAUGAAUGUCAACGUGAUUUUAUGCAUUGUUAUGGGAGUGACCUUUGUGCUCUUGCCUUUAAAGUUGUUCAUGAUAAACAGCGGGGACCAUUGGUAUUUCUCCGUAUCUACUCUGGGACUUUGAAACCUCAGUCAGCUGUUCAUAACAUCAAUAAAAACUGCACAGAACGGAUGAGCCGUCUUUUGCUACCUUUUGCUGAUCAGCAAGUUGAGAUCCCUGCACUGCAGGCCGGAAACAUUGUGCUGACUGUGGGACUCAAACAGACAGCCACAGGUGACACUAUAGUUUCGUCGAAGUCGCUGGCAGCAGCUGCAGCCCAUCGAACAGGGGUGGGCUCUGCGAAGAGACACGUUGAGCGGGAGAAACAAGUACUGGCUACAGUUGAAGUUCCAGAACCUGUCUUCUUCUGUACGAUUGAGCCACCAUCUAUGGCAAAACAGCCAGAUCUGGACCAUGCUCUUGCCUGCCUUCAGCGGGAAGAUCCCAGUUUAAAGGUGAAGAUUGAUCCAGAUUCUGGUCAGACUAUUUUAUGUGGAAUGGGAGAACUACACAUUGAAAUAAUCCAUGAUCGAAUCAAGCGAGAGUAUGGAAUCGAGACAUAUCUUGGACCCCUCCAGGUGGCCUACAGAGAAACUAUAAUAGAGUCUUCCAUUUCAAGUGAUACUCUUGACAGAACAGUGGGGGAUAAACGUAAUCUGGUAACAGUGGAGCUUUCUGCCCACCCAUGGCUGGGAGAAGGAUCAAAGACAAAACCUCUUAUUGAAAUUUCAGAUCAUAUAAUGGAACAGCUUUCUACAGAAACUCAUCAUGCUAUAGAAAAUGGAAUCAAAAACUCAUUUCUUCAAGGUCCUCUUUUAAGGUUCCCAGUUCAGGAUGUGGUGGUUACCUUGCGGUCUCUAAAUAUACACCCUGGAACAUCCAUGCCAAUGAUUUCUGCUUGUGUUUCACGUUGUGUGCAGAAGGCAUUAAAGCAGGGUAGAAUCCAGGUGCUUGAGCCGGUGAUGAAUCUGGAAAUCAUAGUGGAUGAGAAUCGCCUGAGUGUGGUGCUGGCAGAUCUGGCUCAGCGAAGAGGAAACAUUCAAGAAAUUCAAAACCGAUUAGACAACCGGGUUGUCUUGGCAACUGUGCCACUUGCAGAAAUGAUGGGUUACUCAACUGUUCUUCGUACUUUAACUUCGGGCAACGCUACUUUCACUUUGGAGUUGUCCAACUAUGAGCGGAUGAGUUCACAAGACCAAAACGUACUUUUUAACAAGAUGAUGGGCACCAUGUAAGGUCCUGUUCAACUGGAGAAGCUGAGUAACAACAGAUACUGGAAAUUUUACUGCAAAGGUGCACUUUCAUAUUAGAACUGAAAAUACUUCAUCUGCAGUAUCACAAGAUGUUCCGGUGAUUCUAUUGGGGAAAAAACAUCAUCUUCCUGGGACAGAUUUCAGAUUAUAUUGAUCUAUAAUUCAAAAUCCCCAAUCUAUGUUAACUAAGGUCAUUGUCAAGAAGACUGAGGGGAUGGGUACGUACUGUUGGGAGUUAUGAGGCAGAUCCCUUCAGGACAUUUUCAACUGAAUCUAAGGACCCAAUAAGAUUAAUAGUGAAAUUAUUUUACUGCUGUUAUUUAUAUGCCAAAAGGGUCCAUUGAGUUAAAAUUCAGAUAUUAUUGUAAAUGUUCCUCAUUAUUCCAAAACCGAAGUACAGUUUUAAUUUUACACUUAAGGUACAAUUGUGGAAGAUGUAAUAGCAUUCAGGACUUUGCUUGUCAAGAUUUAAAUUCUCUUUCCAAUACUUGAAAUUUAGACAUCUAUAAAUUACAUUAUUGAGCUAGAGUGGACGUAAAGCAGUAUCUACAUAAUGUUACUUUCAAAUGCUAUCGGUCAUGUUUCAUCACAUACCCUUAAGCAGUUUACAUUCACUGUUCUAAGCAUUUCAAAACAAAUAAGGGCAGAUUUUUCUUUCUCAGUUUGAAUCACCAGACUGAUGAAGAGUCUUAUCCUGAAAUGUUAAUUGUCCAAUUCCCUCUAUAGGUGCUGCAUGACCUGCUAAAUUCCUCCAAUUUUUUUUGCUCCAGAUUCCAGCAUGUGCAAUGUCUUGAAUUCAGUUGUAGAAAAUAAUGCUGGAUGAAUGAUCAAUUAUUUGUCUGUUUCAUCCAAACUCAAAUUUAAUUUCAUUUUUAAAACAAUUAAAACAUUGAGCAGGGGAGAAUUGAAAUGUUGUUUCUUCUAUAUCUCCCGCAUUUUCUCAGCUCAUUCACUUGUGAUGUUCUAUUAAAAGGGAAUUCCUCUGAAAAUUCUCUGAAUACAUUGGCUGAGGAACUCAACGAGAGUUCAGCAGGUGAAACCUCAGUGCUAUUGGGAGGACUUAAAGCAACUUGGAAGGAAGAUGAGAAACUCAAAGGGAAUUCAGAUAGCAGGGAAUUAGAGCAGAAUGAGGAAGCUGGAAAUGUAGUAAGUGGAAUAGGCAGCAAAGUAUAAAUAAAAACAGUAAAGGAUGUAAAAGUACAAAAAAAUUGUUAAAAAUGCCAAAUAAAGCCCCCUAUAUUUGAAUGCCCACAGCAUUCACAAGAGGAUAAAUGAGGGGGCAACUUUAAUAAGGGCAAAGAUCAGUUCAGUGGUAAGAAAUGAUCUUGCAUGGAAGAUGAUGUAGAACUAGAAUUAGCAUGGUUCUGUCAAAGAAAUAACAAAAGGAUGGCAAAUAUUGCUAGGAGGUAUUUACCAUCAAAUAGUUGUAAUA